AUGGUUUCGGGCGAUGAUUCCAACGGUAGAUUAUCGCGUAAAACUACGAGAUCGCCAAAUAGAAAGAAGAAGGAUGGAGACUUAGCGAAAAAUGCAAUGCGGAAUGAGCAACCUUCAGUUCACAAGAGGAAUCUUUACGUUGUGUCUUUUCCUCUGAUCAUUUUGUUUAAUAUACUGAGGUCUAUAUUGUAUCAAUUGUUUCUUGUGUUUAAAUACUUAUACUCGGCGUCGCAUCGCUUGAUGCAAAAGCCCGAAAAGAGUGGCGAGUAUAAUUUGGAAGUUGUGGUGAAAGACGGAGUGGUGUGUACGGAGAUCGCGGACGAAAUGUCUUACGUGCAUAACGUGGGUCCGGGAGAUCCGCUGCUGGCGAAACAGAAGCAUCACCAUCGCAAAGCUUUUGAGUACAUUUCAAAAGCUCUGAAGAUUGAUGAGGAGAAUGAAGGUCAAAAAGAGCUAGCAAUAGAGCUCUACAAAAAGGGCAUUUAUGAGCUAGAACGAGGCAUAGCAGUGGACUGCUGGGGUGGUCGUGGCGACGCGUGGCAACGAGCGCAGCGGCUGCACGACAAGAUGAAGACCAAUCUUGGCAUGGCUAAAGACCGACUACAUUUUCUUGCCAACCUAGUCGCACUCAGUAAGUUGGGUGUAGAUGAGCCAGAGAGGAAUGAAAUAAAACCCACGGAGUCCCCUCUCAAGGCGAGAAGAACUUUUGAAAAGUCCAAGACGACAUUACUCGCACAUACUGAAAGUAACGGCCAUUCGAAGUCCGCAACUGAAGUAGCAGGUCGUAAGCUGACUACAGCUGGCCGACGGCUCCCCAGCGGGGGAGGAUCUCCUCUAAUGAAGUCUCAGACCCUUCCGCGGUCCAUGGGCCGGUCCUCGUCUCAGCCGAAUAGCAGCAGUAAUGGAAACUAUAGCAGAUAUCCAAUGAAACCGGCUUCUACGCCGCCGGCAGUCAAAAGACAGCUUUCUGGUGCGUCACAGGUGCCGAACAACGGGUCACCGGUUCGCCGCGCGGUCGGGGGGUCACAGCGUGGGACCCCCACACGGUCGAGGACCCCCCAACCUGCGCUGAGCGUGAGAGGCAUCGACCCUAAACUGGUGCAGUUGAUUUUAGAUGAGAUUGUCGAAGGAGGGCCUAAGGUGCAUUGGGAUGAUAUUGCGGGACAAGAUGCCGCUAAACAGGCUUUACAAGAAAUGGUGGUACUGCCCUCUUUGAGGCCAGAACUCUUCACCGGCCUAAGAUCACCUGCCAAAGGGUUGUUGCUUUUCGGACCACCAGGCAAUGGUAAGACGCUCCUGGCGCGGUGCGUAGCUGCUGAGUGCUCGGCCACGUUCUUCUCCAUCUCAGCGGCCACGCUCACUAGCAAGUACGUGGGCGAUGGUGAGAAGAUGGUGCGGGCGCUUUUCCAGGUCGCUAGAGAACUGCAGCCAUCGAUAAUCUUCGUCGAUGAGGUAGACUCGUUACUAUGCGAGCGGUCAACGAGCGAGCACGAAGCGUCGCGAAGGCUCAAGACCGAGUUCCUGGUCGAGUUCGACGGACUGCCCGCCGCCGGCGCAGACAGGCUCAUUGUCAUGGCCGCUACUAACAGGCCGCAGGAGCUGGACGAGGCUGCUCUUAGACGUUUCCCAAAGAGGGUGUACGUCGCCCUGCCCGACGUGCGCACGCGCAUGUGCCUCCUGCAGCGGGUGCUGGCCCGCGGCGCCGCCGCGUCGUCCCUCAGCGACGAGGAACUGGCGCGCCUGGCCGCACUCACGGACGGCUAUUCGGGCAGCGACCUCACGGCGCUGUGUCGAGACGCCGCCCUGGGACCCAUCAGAGAACUAGACCCUGAAGAAGUAAAAUGCCUGGAUCUGUCGCUGGUUCGAAGCAUCACGUUCCAAGACUUCAUGGAGGCUUUGAAACGUAUUAGGCCUUCGGUGUCACCACACAGCCUCGUCGCCUACGAAAAGUGGUCGGUCCAAUAUGGAGAUCUUGGUCUUUGAACCUUCGGUACAUACGACAGGUUUGCCAUUUACAAAAAAAGUGAGUAUGUAAAAUAAAAUUGCGGAGAAAUCCACGGUAAAGAAGACAUGCAUUUAUAUCGACAAGACGUAUCGCUCAAAUUUUAAUGAAUCUCGGUUUGACAUCACUGUCUUUUAAUUUUGAUCCCCUUAAGUUGUGACAUUUUUGUAUAGAGUUUAUUUUGCGUGAGGAUAAAAACAAUAUUUUUCUAAUAUAACACUUAUUUGUAUGCUGUUAGGAAACAUUCGUCAUUUAGCCUUAGGUAAAUACUGUCUAGUUACAUUUGUACCAUAGUAUAAUAAAUAUGGUAACUCCAUACAAAUGCUGCGUCAUUGUGUGUGUGUACAGGAAGAGUUACCAUAGUUGUUUUACACUAUGUCUGUACCCUUGGCAUGCCUACUGACAACAUGAAUGUUAAUGUCAAAAGACCAAAAUACCUCAUUUUAUGGUUCAAAAGUGACUUUUCAGUGUUUAACUGAAGACACAAAUAAGAAGUCAAUGUUUUCCUACCACUUAAAAGAACACCCUAUAUGUUAAGAUCUAGUCAAAUAUGAUUUACUUAUCGGUUUUUCAUUAAUAAACCCACGGAAAAAAUAAUUAUUACUGUAAACCAUAUUAUUGGUAAUAUAAAUAAUAAAAAUAAUUACUGUGAAAAAAAAUCCGAAUAU